AGGAGCUGUUUUGCAGAGAUGGGGGCGAUCCUCUGGAGUGUUUUCUUGUUUGUCUGUUUUAUACCUAGCUGUAAAGUCAUCCAUGUUGGAAAGUCACCCAUGCUGGCACUAACCAACGGUUUUAUGUAGGUAGAUAUAGUUAGGGUAGUUGUUUUUAUGCGCUCGAGCUAUUGUUUUUAAGUGGACGUUUAUCUAAAUGUAUUUUUUUUAAACAUCAAAAGUUGGACCCUUUUAUUCUUUUAGAAUAAAACAUUAGAUAUGCUUAUUUAAGUCGUCGAUGUUAGAUUUAUCCGUUCGCUAUGUUGUUGACAGAAAACCAGGUCAGCCUUAGUGUUUUCACGUCUGUAACGGACUCAAGUGAUGAACCGAUUCGAGUUGCGGUUCUUCCGUCUGUGGAGCUUGGACUCACCAUUGUGUAUACCAUCCUAUAUUCGCUGCUUUUUGUGUUUGUUUACUUGCAACUUUGGCUCAUUUUGCACUAUGGACACAAGCGCUUCAGCUACCAGAGCGUCUUUCAUUUUCUCUGUUUGCUGUGGUCAGCGCUAAGGACGACAUUAUUUUCAUUCUACUUUAAGAACGUUGUCCAAGCGAACCAGUUGCAGCCUUUGCCUUACUGGCUUUUGUACUGUUUUCCAGUAUGCCUCCAAUUUUUCACUCUGUGUCUGCUCAAUCUUUAUUUUGCACAGAUAAUGUUUAAAGCCAAAGCCAAAUAUUCUCCGGAGCUUAACAAAUACAAGGUGCUCAUUCGUCUGGCGUUCAUCUUUGCCAGCCUUUUCUUCCUUGUGGUGAACCUAACAUGCGCCAUGCUGGUGCAGGGUGGCAUUGGAGGCGACGUGGGCAAGGCAGAGGUGCGGCAGGUGGUGCUGGCCCGGGUGCUGGUCAAUGACACUCUCUUUGUACUCUGUGCCAUCUUGCUGGCCGUGUGCAUCUUCAAGAUCGCCAAGAUGUCCUCUGCCAAUGUCUACCUCGAGUCCAAGGGUACGUCAGUGUGCCAGGCUACAGCCAUAGGUGCUGCAGUCAUCCUCCUGUACACGUCCAGGGCCUGCUAUAACCUGGUGGUGGUGGCUCUCUCUCCAGAGGACCGGCCCAGCCCCUUCAACUACAGCUGGUACAACGUCUCUGACCAGGCAGACAUAGAGAAGAUCAGUGGAGAGGGCUACAUUAUCUUUGGGAUCAUCCUCUUUUUCUGGGAGCUGCUGCCCACCAGUCUGGUUGUGGUCUUCUUCAGGGUACAGAGGCCCAAUCAGAACCUAGCACCAGGAGGAAUGAUCAACAGCAACAGCUUCAGUUCCAGGGCCUAUUUCUUUGACAACCCCCGGAGAUACGACAGCGAUGACGACCUGUCCAGGAGCAUCAACUGCAGAGCAGAUCGACCGAGUAGUGUCCUGUCCUCUACGCCCCAGUUGGGCCCCAGCUGGUACGGCUCCACCCAGAGGAACGGCAGCCUGACGGGGGUCCCCCAACUCCCCAACGGCCCCCAGACCUCCACUGCCCCCCUCCUCUUAGCCUACGGAAACAUCCAGACCAACCAGCACCAUAACUAUUACUCCACCCCCCAGAACUACUAUUUCACCCCCCAAAAUCACUACUGCACUCCUCAGAACUAACCACUCCCACCGGCCCCAGUAGAUACCCCUGAAAACAAUCCUUCACUCAGGAAAGGGCCGGUCCUGACCUUCAGCUACAUGGCUACGACCCUUGGUUACCCUGGCGACCCUGUGACUGACACUGUGUGACUUCCUCAUUCCAGCUAUCGACCUGUCCCCUCCCCCACCAGCUCUACUUACCUGCUCAGCUUGUUGUAGCCAUGGCGACGAAGUUGGUGUUUCUGGGGUCAGACGGGCCCAGACGAGGGGAGGUCAUUUGAGGUCAGCGGUGGUUAGGGAGUGGUCAGUUAAGUGAUAUUUAUUUUAUUAAAAAAGCUUUCCAAUGUUUCUAAUUCCAUAGUCCUGGAACAUUCUACUAUUCCUGAAAACUGGGGAGAGUCUGUAGAGGAAAAUAAGUAAAUGUCUGUAUGGAAAGGAUUGUGGAUUGUGCAUCUCAGCUUUUCCACACACACAUACUGUAUUUUGUCGGACAUCAGACCGAAUAUUAAGUCCUCUAUCACUCUCAGGGACCAGACAAGUGCGUGGACCAGCACUUAUGUUUUUGUCCCCUUAUCCCUUGCCUAUUUUGGUUCGGUCCACUGGACAGUUCUCCCCGCCUCACCGUUGCACAUAGACUCCCCUCCAUGAGUCUGGAGGUGACAUUUGCACUUAAAAAAUCCCCUCACUUCACAUUCUGAGGACAAGAUCCUGGAGACUCGGCUCCUAAUACAAUCUGACUAUCAUGAUGUUCCUGUGUGUUCCCUAGACCCUGACUCACUUCCCUGUAGAAGAUUAGUUGAUACCUGUGCAAUGAGCCAUCCAUGACGAUGCCCUUCCAAACCAACACCAAUCGAGGCUAUAAUCAUGGGCAAUGCCCUCGGUAUUCAAACCUAACGUGCACUGGGACACCGUGGGAAGUGUUAACACUGUGCGUUUCAAUCUUUCACCGCUGUCAAAGACUGUGAAAGAGGAAGGCCACUUUUUCCAAAGCGCGCACAGAUUGAGAGCCGGGCCUAAAAACGAGUCUCGAGCCUCCAGCUUGCCUAGCGGGACAAUCCCAGGAUGGUACACCUGCUCCUGGGGGCCUCCGUUUUGGCGAGAGGCCCUUGAUGGAGCAUAGACUUUGGGGGAACAUAAUGUUUCUGAAUGAAUGUUCUGCUCUGGACCCAGUAAAGUGAACGUACGGACCAAAUGUGGAUCGGCGGAGUGAUCGGAUCAACAUGUUUUAUAGAUCUGUUUGUGCCGUCUUGCCAACUCUUAUUGUCACCAGACAGCACAAACAGAACUGGGGCCAGGCUAAUCGGCAUCAGAGAGGGAUAGACAGGCUUAAAUACACCCUCCCUCUCUAUCUUGACUAUAAUAUAUCCCUCAGUCUCCCCUAACAUAAUAAUAAUAGUAUACAGUAGCUGUAUCCAUGUGCUUGUUUACGCCAUCAAGCUCACCAUCAUUAGUCCCUAAUGUGUUUGUGCUGUCUUGCCAACUCCUCUGGUCAUAUUCAAGCCAUUGGCCAUAAGAGUUAGUAGGACAGCGCAGACAGAUCUAUGACCAGGCUACACUAUCAUACAGGGACACCUAGAAAUGUGCCAUUACAUGUUACUGUAAAUGUUUUUCCUUCUGGAAAACGUCUAGCACAAAAUGCUGUAUAUAUGUCCUUCUACUUAUUUCCAUUUAAACUGAAUUCCAUGUUUGUUUUUUGUUAUACCCCAUGGCUACUAAUUUAGAAUUGUUUUAUGUCGAUUUAGUGGUACUGCCCAGGUGUACAGGGCAAGUGUUUGUGUGUUCGUCUCUGUGUGAGUAUGUGUUUGCUAAACUUGCUUAUAUGCACAUCAAUGGUUUAGGUAGGAGGUAAGAAAUCUCUUGGUUGUCUUUCCUUUGUUUUUCGCUGUUGAACAGGGUUUUGUGUUGUUUGCAAGAACCUGUUCAGAGAGGGCAAGGGGAAUUGCUCUCUAAAAAUGUGAUUUUUAUAUUUCGUUUUCUUACCUUCCAUGAAUAUCAGCUGACAAACACAAUCAGUGGGCAAAUGCAAUCAUAUUUGAAGUACAUUCUAUUUUAUUUUCCCACCCAUCUGUGUUUGGGGCUAAUGGCACCUUUGACCUUUGGUGUUCAUUCAGGAAGUGUUCAGUGGGACUGGAAGUGAGAAAGUGUAACCUCAGGUUGAACUUUCUCUCACCCUCCCAGGGCCACAAGCCAAUUCCAGCUAGCCUGUUUUUUUUUUGUUUUUUUUAUAUAAUAAUUUUAGAGGUGGAUUCCGCAGGGUCAUGGAUUUGGGUGUAGUAACAAACAGAUGGUUUAAAUAAUCUUUCCCUUUACCUGCUUUGGAGUCUCAAACUAAGUUGUUAUUUUGUUGUUGCUGUUAGCUUAUGUGUAGCAUACGUGUGUGAUGGUUGCAGCAAAUCUGUUAGUAAGCAGAAGUGAGCAGGCAGCUAUAAUCAAUGGGAAAAUACUGACAGAGGUUCUCUGAAAACCUUUAUAUUUUGACCGUCAUAUCCAAGAACAUCAAGCAUUCUAUCCAGCAUGAACACAAAUUACCCUUUAACAGCAACGAUUGGGGAGAUACUGCAUUCAAAUGUAGGAGUUGAAAGUAUUGUAUUUUUAUUGAUCUUAUUUUGUUUCUGUGAAAUCUAUUGCCAUCUCAGCUCUUGUCUCGCAAAGAGCAUGUUUAGCCUUUUAUAAUAAUUAGUCUCUUAUUCUUUGUUGGUGGCCAAUGAAUAUAACACGUUUACCCAUCUUUCAUAGAUAACUAAAGAUGUAUAUGCAAGCACUACCAUGUUAAAAUAAAGUUUUACUGCACUGUUUAAAAAACAAAA